GGACAUUUGGCCCAUGUUGCUAUGAGUUGGGCUGGGCAAUUGCACAUUCACACAGCCGUCGCGCGACUGCGAGCUGCCCAUGGCUGCGGCGGCCGGCGGCGGCGGCGGAGCUAAAGCGGCGGUGGCAGAGCAGAUAGCGCAGGCGGUGCGGUCCACCUCCAACCUCCUCCAGCUCAUGGAGCAGUCCUCCCCCGCGCAGGUUCACUUGGCCAAACUUCCCAAGAAUCUCUUGGCAAAAGCAUCAUUUGCAAAGAACACAGAGCAGGUGCUACACCAACUGCCUCAAGUAAUUUCUUCCUUGGAUGCUUAUAUGGACAGGAGUUUGCAAAGAUUGCAACCAAUUAAGUUGAAGUUUUUCUUCCUCUUUGUUGGGUCCCACUGCCCAUUGCCCAAGAAAGUGGUCACUUCACUUUUGCUCACAGCAAUACAAGUUCCAAAAAUCAUUCCCCUACAAGCUCAAGGAUCUUGCUGCAAGACAGGAUGAUGCAAAUUUAUUUUGCAUCUCAAAUUAAGACUGUCACCCAGCUCUUGUCAAACAUGGAGAACACUCAGCUGAGAUCCAUCGUGCCUUCCUCUCAGAUGAAGAAAGAUAUCAAGAAUACCGAACCUGAAGAACUCAGGGUUGAAUGACAUGUCUGCGGAGACAUAACCGGAGGCUUUGGUUUCUCAGUCAUUCUGAUGAAGUUUGGGUGCCUUGGUUUUGGAGGUGACUUUAGAAGUAACUGGCAAAAGGAUACAUUGCUGCUUAGUGUUUGUUCAUUUGCUCAAUUCGAUUCAGCAAUGGUGUAACUACUCUUCAGGUGCCAUGUGUUUGCUGCGCUUUCUUAGUCUGUAGCAAUCAUGUUUUCAUGCAAUUGUAUUGAUUGCUUUUAGCAGAAAAUUAAGUUGUAUAUUGAGCUCCCCUUUCAGGAUUAAGAAAAUAAGCGAUGAAAUGUUUACUGUGGCA